CUUUUGAGACUGUUCUGAAAGCUUUUUCCUUUCUGCUUAAUCACUGCACACUGCUCUCCCAAGCUCACCACCCCCCGACAGCCUCGGGCAAACAGGUCUGCUGCCCUUUCACCAAUCUCUGAAUCCAAGUCCCUGGCUUCUCUCCAUUUUCAAUCGAAUACUGUGUAACGUCUUUCACUUCUGCCAGCUUUGACUAACACCAUCUGCUUGGGUUAACUUUUUGCACACAUGAUGGCUAGCUUUUGCUCGUCACUAAGGAAGGAGAAGCUUAACUAAGGCUGCCACACCUUGUAUGCCUGUUGGCAAUCAUGAACUGCCAUCCACCGAAGAGAGCCCUGCAAAGCAUGUAGAUACCCCGGUAUUUUCAAGAUCCCCUCAAAUUAUGCAGGCACAACGUAAACCUUCAAGGAACUGAGCCUAAACCAGGCCAUGGAAGACACUUGUGAACUAGACCUGGUAUAUGUCACAGAACGGAUAAUUGCUGUCAACUUUGCAAGUUUGUCAGAAGAACAAACCUUUUGCGCAACCUGAAGGAGGUGGCUCAAAUGCUUAAAUCCACGCAUGGGACAGUUACUUGCUUCUUAAUCUGUCAGAGAGGAGGCAUGACAUCAGCAAACUGCAUUCCAAGGUCCUGGAUUUUGGGUGGCCUGACUUACACACUUCUGCCCUGGAGAAGAUAUGCAGUAUCUGCAAGGCCAUGGACACAUGGCUCAAUGCUGACCCACACAAUGUGGUAGUGUUGCAUAAUAAGGGGAACAGAGGUCGAACAGGGGUUGUUAUUGCUGCUUACAUGCACUAUAGCAAUAUUUCAGCCAGUGCAGAUCAAGCUCUGGACCGGUUUGCCAUGAAGAGAUUUUAUGAGGACAAGGUGAUCCCAGCUGGGCAGCCAUCUCAGAAGAGAUAUGUCUAUUACUUCAGCGGUCUGCUGUCUGGCACCAUCAAAAUGAACAACAAGCCCCUCUUCUUGCAUCAUGUCAUCAUGCAUGGAAUACCCAACUUUGAGUCCAAAGGAGGCUGCCGGCCAUUCCUCAAGAUAUAUCAGGCAAUGCAACCGGUCUACACAUCAGGAAUCUACAAUGUGCAGGGGGACAGCCAGACAAGCAUCUGUAUCACCAUAGAACCAGGACUCCUCUUAAAGGGAGAUAUUUUGCUGAAAUGCUAUCACAAGGAAUUCCGUAGCCCGACUCGGGAUGUAAUCUUUCGGGUGCAGUUCCAUACCUGUGCCAUUCAUGAUUUGGCUAUUGUCUUCAAUAAAGAGGACCUGGACGAUGCCUUUAAAGAUGAGCGAUUUCCUGAGUAUGGGAAGGUGGAAUUUGUAUUCUCCUAUGGUCCUGAGAAGAUUCAAGGCAUGGAACAUUUAGAGAAUGGCCCAAGUGUCUCAGUGGACUACAACACAUCAGAUCCGCUCAUCCGCAGGGAUUCCUAUGAAAACUUCAAUAUACGUCGUGAAGACAGCAUGGACGAAGUUGGGCACACCCAAGGACCUCUGGAUGGAAGCCUCUAUGCCAAAGUGAAAAAGAAAGACUCCCUUCACGGCAGCACUGGCACUGUCAACCCCAACCGGCUUGCCCUCUCUGCUGCCCCCAACCACGUUGAGCACACACUGUCGGUCAGCAGUGAUUCAGGGAACUCAACUGCUUCCACCAAGACAGAUAAGACUGAUGAGCAGGCAGCACCUUCAGUUCCCAGCAGCAGUGGAGGAAACAACCCUAUUUUGACCCCUGAAGAAAAGCGAGAGCUUGAGAGCUUGCUCAGUGGAUUUGGUUUGGAAAACGAAGCCACCAUGCACAACCACAGGCCCAGUGAGAUAGCAGCGGCUGUUUCUGCUUCACCGGGAUGCCAUAUCAUACCAGCUCAGAUUCAUGUCAAUGGGGAAGCUGCUGGCUUAGUGGCCGAGAGGGAAACUGACAUUUUGGAUGAUGAGUUGCCCAACCAGGAUGGACACAGUGUGGGUAGCUUAGGUACCCUCUCCUCUUUCGAUGGCACUACCAACACCAGUGACAUUGGCUAUCAUGAGGCUCCCCGGAUGGAGAGCCUCAAUUCUUUACCCAAUGGUUCAUCCAAUUUCAAUGGCUUAGACAAGCUGCAUGAUUCGGAGAUGGUUAUCAACGGUGGUUAUCCCUACAACAACCAGAAUGCCUUGCGGAACAUUAUGGGACGUCACCCUCAUGAUCCUUAUGCGCAUAUCAGGCCCUCAGUGUCUGCCCAAGAAAAUCUGGCGGAUUAUCACCAGCAUGGCUUCCCUACCCCUGGCUGGUUACAACCCCAGCCGCCAGCCGCCAGCCAGCCUUAUCCAUAUGGCUGCGACUCAAAUAGCAUAUACCGCUCCCAGUCCUUCCCCACAGCUACUGUUGAAAUCUCCCAGCUUCCUCAAGCACCAGCGCGGAGCACAAGUAGUCGCGAAGCUGUCCAGAGGGGGCUUAACUCUUGGCAGCAACAAGGUGGAGGUAGCAGACCACCAUCACAUCAACAGGAUGGUGCCCGAGACAGCCAUAGUUCCAGUCUUGCUAGUGCAAGUCCCCAAUCCAGCCCUUCACAAGCAGCACCCUCUCAAAGCAUAAGCAUCCCUGAAUUCCCUAGAGUUGCCUCCCAGAAGGAAAUAGAACAAUCCAUUGAAGCUCUCAAUAUGCUCAUGCAUGACCUGGAUCCCUCUGUCUCCAUGAUGCCUAAAUCCCAGAGUGUUCCAUUGGCUACCAGAGAAGACAGGCCACACCCAGUAGCCCUUUCAAUGUCUGCCCAACCUGUGAUAGGACCUCAUGUGGUGCAACCAAAGGCUACCAAUGCGUUUGGCUUGAUUCCAGGAAGCCCUUCACAAAACUCUCUUGGCUCCAGUGUGCCCCAGAUGGCUGAACCAAUACCCAAAGCUCAUCCUAUGAAACUAUUGCUCAACAGUGUUGGAGAACCAGAGUAUCCAACACAAGAUUUCAGAGAGGCCUAUUCUCCAUAUGGUUAUCAGAACCAACAGCCAACUGUAAUACAAGGAAAGAGCCUUGGGCAGAUGGCAGGAAGCCCACCCACAUCUCCCAGGCCUCAUGCAACAGCAUGCAAGGUCUUGGAAGGGCAGCAUCCUCUGCUGACAUCACCUCCCUCAUCCACAACAGCAGUCCAACCCCAGAUGCCCUUAAACGAGGCUGAGCAUCAGGGGGAAGCCUCUCAGGCUUCAGGGGAAGAGCCGUUGCAUCUUGAAGGUCUGGUGGCUCACAGAGUAGCAGGAUACUUGGCCCUUCUGAAUCCACCCAGCUCUGUCCCUACAGGAGUGCAGCUGCCCCAGGAGAAGUCACCAGAUGAAGGUGAAGCCCUUGUCCGGAGACGUACCACCAGUGAGGGUCAAUAUGAGAACAGCCCCCAGGAACCCAGUUCACCACGAAGCCCGACUGUCCGAUCACCGAUUCACUGUUUCUCACCAGAGGUGGUCAACUCCAUCGCUGCCAAUCCUGGAGGAAGACCUAAGGAGCCCCAUCUUCACAGCUACAAAGAAUCUUUGGAGGAGAUUCAAGGGACCUCUCCAAGCAGUCCACCUUCCAGUGGUGGUGAGACUUCUCCCCAAACCCCUGCUUUCCCUGUCUCACCACAAACCCCUUACAGCAACCUGUUGCGGUCUCCACCAGGACUGGCUAAAACUCCACUUUCAGCACUGGGGCUGAAACCUCAUAAUCCAGCAGAGAUUUUUUUGCAGCAGACAGGAGAGGUAUAUGGGGAAACAGUAGUUGAAUAUGAUCAAGAGCCCCGGAGCUAUGUGGAAUCUGUGGCUCGUACAGCAGCAGCAACAGGCAAUAGCAGUGGGAGUGGAAUCAGCCUUGCUGGGAAGUUCCAGCCAUCUUUGGCUUUAGAGACCUACAGCACUGAGACAUCUGGAAGGAAUGAGUCCCUCAAUAACUCCUUCACCUUGCCUAGCCCAGCCUCUGCCAGCAGCCCCAUACAUAGCAUGGAUGGGAUAUCUAUUGGUAGUUACCCAUCAGAAAACAGUGCCAGCAUAGCCAUUUCCUUCCAGCCAUCUGCCGAGUCCAGCUUCCAAUCCACUAAUCUUUCUCAGGGUCCUUCAGCACACAGCAGUUACCAAAAUACAUCUACAUCAACUCAGGGCCUGCCGGUCUCUAUCAAUGCCGACUUCCCUGAUGGCCGAACUAGCACUCAACAAGAUAACCAUCCAACUCCUCAAGCCCAGAUCAUGGCAUCUGGGGUCCAAGUCAUGCCUGGAAGCCCACACGCCCUUCAUAGAACAGUAGCUACCAAUACUCCCCCGAGCCCAGGAUUUGGGCGAAGAACUGUUAGCACAAAUAUGGUGGCCAUUCCAGGAAGCCCAAGCAUGAACAGGCACUUAAUGGGUUCCCAUAGCACUGUUGUUUCAUCACCUGGGAGUCCAAGCCAUGCUCGUCACCAGCCCUUAGCAGGGGGUAGCACAGCCAUGAUUUCCGGGAGUCCCAGUCUGGACCGACACCUGGUAUGUGGGUACUCAACUCCAGAGGAAAAGCAACAAACCCUGUCUCGCCAGAGCAGUGCUUCAGGUUAUCAGGCUCCCUCUACCCCAUUAUUUCCGGUCUCCCCCGCAUACUAUCAUGGAAUUAGCCCACAUUCCUCUUCCCCUGACUCGGCAGUAUAUAGACAGGGCAGCCCCACCCCACCCCAACCAUUGCUCCCCGAGAAAAAAAGGAUGUCAUCGGGGGAUCGAUCAAACAGCCUGCCCAACUAUGCUACAGUGAAUGGCAAGACUUCAUCACCCAUUUCCAGUGGCAUGUCCAGUCCCAGCAGUGAGAGCAGUAUGGCCUUUCAUCAUACUCUGCCAGAUUUUUCCAAAUUUUCAAUGCCAGACAGCAGUCCUGAAACAAGAGCAAAUGUAAAGUUUGUCCAGGAUACUUCGAAAUACUGGUACAAGCCAGAAAUCUCCAGAGAACAAGCCAUUGCAUUGCUAAAAGACAAGGAACCGGGGGCCUUCAUCAUUCGAGACAGCCACUCUUUCCGGGGAGCCUACGGACUGGCCAUGAAAGUAGCAUCACCACCUCCAGGUGUUAUACAGCAGAGCAAGAAAGGAGACAUCACCAAUGAGCUGGUAAGACACUUCCUGAUAGAAACCAGCCCUAAAGGUGUGAAACUAAAAGGAUGUCCCAAUGAACCCAAUUUUGGUUGCCUCUCUGCUCUGGUGUAUCAGCACUCGAUGAUGCCUCUAGCAUUGCCUUGUAAGCUGGUCAUUCCUGACAGAGAUCCUAUGGACGAAACAAAAGAAAGAACAUCAUCCAGCAGCUCAGCAACUGAUUUGCUCAAACAGGGAGCAGCCUGCAAUGUGCUGUUUAUAAACUCAGUGGAAAUGGAAUCAUUAACAGGCCCUCAGGCCAUCGCCAAAGCAAUCACUGAGACACUGGCUGCGGAUAUCCCUCCCUCUGCUACUAUUGUCCACUUCAAAGUCUCCACACAAGGCAUCACCUUGACAGACAACCAGAGGAAGCUGUUUUUCAGACGACAUUACCCUAUCGUUACUGUCACCUUUUGUGAUGUGGACCCACAGGACAGAAAGUGGACUAAAUCAGAAUCUGGUGGUGCUGCCAAACUCUUUGGCUUCGUGGCUAGGAAACAAGGCAGUACGACGGACAACGUUUGCCACCUCUUUGCUGAGCUGGACCCAGAUCAGCCAGCGGCUGCCAUUGUCAAUUUUGUUUCCAGAGUUAUGCUUGGCUCCUCUCACAAGAGAUGAACUGUGGCUUCCCCUUUGCAGGGGGCUUCUUGCCCUUGAAUUUUGACAAAGGACUUGGAGUUGUUCCGAGAAGUAGUGUGAGGAAGUGCAUCGUGAAGGAGUGAUGUGAACUGAUGGGGUGGGAAGGGGAAGGUUUAUAUAUAUAUAUAAAAGCGAUCUGAAUUGUUGGAAGGCUGAAACCAACCAAACACAUGUAUGUAGCAGAGACCAAGGAACUGACACCAUUGUCUUUCCCUGCCAAGAUCAAGAGAUGGAAAUAAUUUUGGCUUUUGGAUCAGCACAAAAAUCAGAGAAUUCAGUCCCACAGGCCAAAGUAUGAAUCUUAGUAACUUUGUGGGAUAGGCCUAUCUAGUAGUUGCUUGUUUAGAAAAUAAGGCAAAAACGAAACUGACUCCAAUAUCCAUGACUAUAUGAGCUUCAGGAAAUAAUAUCCAGAGAGAUGCUAAAAUCAUUUUUAAAAGCAAAUGCUCCCAGUUCAACUACUGCUGAAAGUAUGAAAUAUGUCUGUAUGAGUGUGUGUGCACAUGCAUGUGGUCUGUCUGUGAUAUGCACAUAUUUUAGUAUUUAACAUGAGGCUUUACUCUUGAGGCUUUUUGCCUCUGAUGGCGAUUCAGAACAUGUAUCUCAUUCCCCAGAAGUCACAGCCCUCUGUAACCUGGGAAAUAAACUUACAAACAACAGUUAACAGUACGAGAAUUGCAGUGCAAGCAGAAAGUAUUUAUUUUAACCAGUAGUCACACUCAUCCCCACAUGCAUGUGCACCUACCAAUCUGUACAAAAGAGUUUCAAAGCUGAGAAUCUCUUUUUCAAUAAUAGUUUGUGGAGCAUGCUAGCCAAAGCAAAAUAUGCUAGUAUUCUGUCAGAGUCUAUGCAAUGGGACUCAGAAUAAAUUGUCCGAAGAAUCUCUUUCCCGGAAAUGUUAAAACACUAGGAGUUGGGGAAUGCCCUUCCUUUUGAGUUUAGGAUAAAAACAGUUCUGACCAAGCUUAUCCUUUGGGAGACAUACACGUUGUUUUGGAAGUUGCAUGGAAAUAGAGCAAAGGCAAGAUGAAUAAUCCAAUAAUUGGGAGGGGGUGGGAAUUCUUUUUUUUGAAGCCAUGAAGAAUAACCAUUAUAAAGACCCUGUUAAUGGCUCUAGCUGUUUCAGAAAGACAGUGGCCAUAUGGAGAUUCAGUAUGUAGCAAAAUUAGCUCAUUAUUUUUGCAUUAUUAAGCUUUAUUUUUGCUUCUGGGGGCAUCAACCAGUAGAUUUUUGCACUGACCUGCUAAUAACGUUACACUAGAUUGACAUUUAUUAUAAAAAGGGAGACUGCUCAUUUAUGUUGCAUAUCAUUUCAUGCAAAGCAACUUCAUAUCCUUUUCAAAGUAAAUGAGAAAAAUGUAGCAGUUGCAGAAAAAUUGUAUCUUCUUAUAUUUAACACCAUGGUUGAAUCCUUCUACUAGAAUGAUUUUUGCCAUUUCUAAUGGAGGCCACAUAUAUACUAUUUGUAAACUGUUCAUGCUUGGUAUCUAUCAAGGAGAGAAUGAAUAAUGUGGAUUGAUCUAUCACACAGAAUUUCCAUAAUGUAAUGAGAAUUUCUCACUAUCUUCCCAAACUUCUACAAUUGGCAAUUUUUAGAUUUAAAGAUGUGCUGAAUAGAUAACAAGAAGCUUUUUCUAUCAUCCAUUCUGCCUAUGGGUUUAUUGUGAAGUUUUCAAUAUUAGGCUAGAUUCAAAAAAGCCACCGUUGUUUUGCAAUAUAGCAACUCACCCAAACUGGUUCAAAAACCACAUGCAUGGAAAUAAUAUGAAACAUUCUACCCCAGAUUCUAUUAAUAACCUAAAACCUAUAAAAUUUUGUUCACUGCUACUGAAAUGGCAGGUGCAAUUCAACAAUAUGUAAUUGAAAUCAUUGGAAAGCAAUUGUUGACCAAAAUGCUAUAUAGCAAGGUGGACCUAAGUCUUCACAGGUCUCCAACACCACUGAUGUCCCCCGACACAAUUCAGUGGCCUCCACUAGAAACCAUGAAUGGAAGUUGGUCUCUCCAUCAAUUUUGUUCUAGCACAAAUAGUGAAGAACAGAAAUAUUUUUGGGAUGGAGGCCAUGUUGAUGAGACCCUUCAUACAAACUCAUGCAGUAUUCAUUAAAAAUCAGUACGACAACUUGCGAGACAUGCAGUCACCUAAAUUCCCCUGGCAUUUUCAUUGCCUUCUUAUAUAAUAUAUAUGUAUGUAUGUAUGUAAGUAUGUAUGAAAUAUACUGACAAAAUAAUGUAAGCUAAUCAAUAUCAACACAAAGUAUUUAUUUUUUUGUUUUGGGCCCUGUUGCUUUUAUUUUUUAUCUUUGAUUUUUGCAGCUCCCUUAAUUUCUCCUACUCUGUAGAAUAUUCUCUGUGUGACUAACCUGUCACCUCCAGAUGCACUAGGAUUCCCCCCCUCCCUAAAAUUCUGGGAUUCUUGGUCCUAAUAUAUCUGGAAAAUACCAGGUCGGGGGAGUGGUGACAGUAUAAAUUUUUCAUUUUAUUAAUGUGAUUAUCCUGAGCAAAGUGUCAAAACACGAGGUCAGUUUCAUCUUCUGAAUGCUGUAAAAGCAGCACCUUCUAAUUUUAUGCCCCAGGGCAAUGUCAUUAUGCAAUGUUCUUUAUCCCCCCCCCCCUUUUGUUCAUCCUCUGCCUGAACAAAUCAGCACGAAUGCAUUUGUACUUUAUUGCUGAAUGAUGUGAGGGGUAACGGUGCACGUAUGUGUGAAAGUGUGUGAAGAGAUAUUCAUUUCUGGAUAUUGUUGUAUAAAGCAUGAGUUUUGCAAUGGAGAAUUGUUGAGACAGGUACUUGGAUGGAGUGGGAACAUCAGUUUUUGGCAUCAUCAUCAUCCAGGCUCCAAGCCCCAUCCCUAGCCAGAUGGGAUACUGGAGACUGUGAGAUUUAUUCUUUAUGUUUGUUCUAAAUGUCUCCUUCUGAAAAAUUCAAGCAAGAUGAUUUCCCCCUCCCCCUGCCUCACUUGCAACUGUCUCACCCUGCCAUUAACCAAUUAGAAAACGACUGUGUCUAUAUAGAUAUAUAAAUAUUAUAAAUAUAUAUAUUUUUUGAAAGUUUCUAUUUUUCAGAUUUCAUUUUUUUCCCAUUACUUUCAAAAUUGUCCCCAUACUCGGUGCUUGCUACCUUGUCACAGGAAAAGUAUAUUGAAAGUUAAUGGUUCAUGCCUUUUUUUGACACUCAGAUGAACAGUAAGUUGAUAUAAGUAUCCACUAGUCACAUAUCAGUAAAUACAUUGAUAGGCACAUGCAUGUGAACAAAAUAUCUGCUUCCAGCCAUGCCUUGCGCACUGUUCCUGUACUAACUCACAAGCUAAAGAUGAAAAGUUUCUCUUUUUAGCCUACUUGCUAAGGCAAAGCCUAAUCACAUUAUAUAGCUUGUUGCUUGUCCAGCUUGUAUCAAGACAGUGCUGCGUUUUAGGAAUAAACUUGUACUUAUGUAGAUCACCUUCAUGGCCCUUCUCUCAGUCAGGGUUCUUAAAGUGUAUGUGAGGCAGAACACCCAAAAGGACAGUUUCUAGAAAAAAAAUGGGAAAUUUGACUCACCUCUAAAUGCUACGAUUUUUUUGCAUAUGUUGGUUGGGUCGGAAAAUGAUGACUUUAAUAAACUUUCCUCAAGUGGCAUGUUGGGCUAUUCCCGUAAUGUGUGAGGAUGUAGACUAAAGACUAAAAACUCAACCCUUCAUAAGAACUGAAAAGGGCAACUAGUUUUCAUUUUAUUGCCACAACUUUGGUUUUGUCUCCUUCUUUUUCUAGAAUCUCUAAUAGAAGGUUGUUAGGCUAACCCAUUUUCCAUUAACCUGAUGUCGUCUCAAUGGGACUAUAAGUCCCAGAAUUUCCAAUUAGCCUAUGGGUUAAUGUGAUCAAGGAGUUCUAAGAGUGCCCAAACCACACUAGCUAGUGAGCAGCCAAUUGAGAAAGGCUGGUCUAAUUCAUGUGCCUUAUUCACUGGUUCAUCUAAUGAUUUGCUCCAGAUGUGAGUGAAUGACUAGCUAUAUCAAUCUUCUUCUUUUUUUGGACUUAAUCACAAAUCCAACUUUAUCAGUGGCACAAAGAAAAUUUUGUGAUGCAGGGCAGACAGCCUCUGGUUCAGGCUCAUUUACUUUGCCUUUCUUGAGCUUCAAACCCUGAGAGAGCUGUUGGUUUGAUUCUGAGAUUUUAGGGAUAUCAGUAAGCAGGCUUUUCUCUGGGGAAAAAAAACCCUCCAUUCAUGUCCAACGCCUGGGACUCAGGUCUAAUGUAAUUUUAGCACAUGUAUGUUAUGUAAUGAUUUAGAAGAUGUUGGAUUUUAUACAGAAUGCACUCAAAGCACCCUCUGCGCACAGAGUAUUACAUAAUCUUGCCAAAGAAACCUAUUUGAAAUGCACUUUUCUUCGUUGUACAUUUAUUCUGUGUGGCUCUGCCCUCCCCCCCCCAUUUUAAAAACUCUUUUGUUUAAACUGUGUUUGCUAGUGAAUUUUCCUCUAGCAAUUUCUGAAAUUUUGUCUUGGAAUAAUUGGGUGAUAUAGCUAAUUGUAUAUGUAGCUUGAUAUUUAAAGAAAGUUCCUGAGCAGUAAAACAGCCAAAUUAUAUUGCAUUUGUGAGAGAGAGAGCAGGAGGUAAGCCAUUAUAAACUCACCGACCUUAAACUACAACAUUACUUCCCUUCGGGCUAUUGUAUGAAACUCUCACAGUGGUUUGUUUAAAUCUCAUGUCUAAAAGUAGCUAUUUUCUAAAUUUCCUUCUCAGCAGCAUUAAUAAAUAAAAUCUGACAAAUAAAUAACAUUUAAGCAGGCCCAGGCUUAUUAAUAACACAGCAUCUUCGUUUAACUGGGACAGAACGUCAGCAGACCGAAGAGUGCUCAGGAGUAUUGUCUCUUCUCAGUCUUCCCUCUUGCCACUAUGUCCUCCUGUUGUCAUUAGAUGUAUCCUCAGUGUCAAUAUGGAAGAAAAACAAUGUCCUGAUUUGUCAGUAUAGAUUAAAGAAGCCACCAUCUUGUCCUUUCUCAUUAGCAGCAAAUUGGUCUUGGAUUAGCAUAAUGUUAGAGUCAAGAAUGUGCCUUUUGGGCAGACAUUGGCCCAAAUGAUUAAAAAAAAAACCCCAGCCACAUUGGACCAAUAGCCCAACAGGCAGCUUAUAUAUCUGUUUCCAUCUGCAGUUAAAGUGAAUGCACUGGAGAAACAAAUGGGAAGAGGAAACAGGACUGAGUUACAUCUUCUGGCAGUAAUUAGUUUGAAUAGUUCAUAAAAGGUUGAUUCGAAACAGGCUCUAUUCAAGUUAUUUUUGUGCUGUGUAUUUAAGAAAUAUUUGGCAAAAGAGCAAGCUGGUGAUAAGACGUAUCCUGCUAAAUUUCAGGGCAAAUGUUACACUGACUUCAUGGAAUAUCUAUGUAAGGCACACUGAAAAGUAAUCUGAAAUACUAGCUUUUGAUCUGUUGCCCUCUGCCAUUUUUCACUAUUAAUAGCAAGACUAUCUCUUCGCUAACAUGAUCAAGGACCACUGCUGGACCUUUCUUCUAUGCAUUAAAUGAAGUGGUUUAAACAAAUAAACACACAAUUAUAUUA